CUCUCACCUCAAAACUUCCUGAUUUCUCGUCUUCUUCGCUUUCUCUCUCCUCUAUAUUCGUUUCGAAUUUCUAAAAUUUAUCAAAUUUUGUAUUUUCCCCCCUUCAUUUGGUUUGGGGAAUUGGGCAAAUUCCUCAAAACCGACAUGGGCCCUCGCUAGAGCAAACCCUAGGUUAGCUUUCUGAUCCUCUUAUAUCCCCUCUUUUCUUCAAUUCCGAUCUCUAGGGUUGGCAUUGAGGUUCCAUUAGGGAUAAUCUAUUUCAAAUUCCUUAUUUGGGAUCGAUUUACUUAAAUUUCUGGGGGGAAAUGCCUUUUUUGAGGAAAUUGGAGGCUUGAUGAAUUUGUGGAUGGGUUCAUGAUCUCUUCUAGCUUGGUUUUUGUGCAUUGCUGAGCUUCAAAAUGAUGUGUUGUGGAGGAGUAGAGGAUGAUAUUUACAGUCAGCCCGUUAACCCAGCCGUGCCACCACCAGGCCGAAAUGCCCCUGGUAAUGAUGGCGAGCGAAGAGGUCCUGCCAAAACAGGUGCUCCUAAAAAAGCUUUACCUAUCGAGAUACCGUCCAUACCAUUGGCUGAGCUGAAGAAAUUGACUGGUAAUUUUGGGCAGAAGGCUUUGAUUGGAGAAGGUUCCUACGGUAGGGUUUUCCAUGCAACUCUAAGUACAGGAGAAUCUGCUGCUAUCAAAAAGUUGGAUCCAAGUGCAUCACAAGAUUCAGAUGCUGAUUUUGAAACUCAGAUAUCAGCAGUUUCCAGACUUAAGCAUGAGUAUUUUGUGGGGUUGUUGGGCUACUGCAUGGAGAGGGAAGACCGGAUAUUGGUAUAUCAGUUUGCAACACUAGGUUCCUUACAUGAUACUCUACACGGAAGGAAAGGGGUACAGGAUGCUGCACCUGGUCCUGCUCUAAGCUGGAACCAAAGGGUAAAAAUUGCUUAUGGUGCAGCAAGAGGUCUUGAGUAUCUGCAUGAAAAAGUGCAGCCUCCAAUUGUACAUCGAGAUGUCAGAUCAAGCAAUGUUCUUCUUUUCGACAAUUAUGAGUCUAAACUAGCUGAUUUUACUUUAUCUAACCAGUCUCCUGAUACAGCAGCUCGUCUGCAUUCAACUCGUGUUUUAGGAACUUUUGGCUACCAUGCUCCAGAGUAUGCUAUGACUGGGUGCUUGACUCAGAAAAGUGAUGUUUAUAGCUUUGGGGUCAUUCUUCUAGAACUUUUAACCGGACGAAAGCCAGUGGAUCAUACAAUGCCUAAAGGACAACAGAGUCUUGUUACUUGGGCAACUCCAAGGUUAAGUGAAGAUAAAGUUAAGCAAUGCAUUGAUCCAAAGCUAAAUAAUGAUUAUCCUCCGAAAGCUGUUGCAAAGAUGGCAGCAGUUGCAGCACUUUGUGUUCAAUACGAAGCUGACUUCCGACCUAACAUGACAAUUGUUGUGAAAGCCCUACAACCUCUUCUUGCGAAACCCGGUGGAGAUCAGCAAGCAUGAUUGAUGACUCUGUUUUCUGAAUCGAAGGAAAUCUGUAUGAACUGAUACCAAUCUUCAUUAUGACAUUCAGACAAGCAUUAAAGAGAUAAACUCAUGUUUUUAUGAAUUGUGUGGAUGAGGAUUUUAUAAAUGUGAGAUGAGAUCAGAGGGAUAAUGUGUUGAGAAAGAGAGAGAAAGAUGAAUGCAAGAGCUACUUACGUCUGAUAUUUGCAGUGAUAACUAUUUGACCUCAGUUCUACAAGUGCUUUGGAUUGCAGAGUUUUAUAUGAAAUUAUACCAACAUACUUGAUGUAUUAUAUUGUAA